AUGAAAACUAGGUUCGACAAAAAAAGAUGCGCUGCUAAUAUAUACAAGUUAGGGGAGUUAGUAAUGAUAUUAAAACACAGCCGUAAUAUUGGAGAUAGUAACAAAUUAUUACCUCCAUAUAGCGGACCUUACAAAAUUUCUGCUGUUUUAGGCAACGACCGAUAUGAAGUAUGUAGUAUAGAUGGAUUUUCAUCUAAGAAAUAUAAAAAUGUGUAUUCUGCUGACAAAAUGAAGCGCUGGAUAGAUAUUGGGACAAAAUACAAUUGUCAGACAGGAUCAGCAAAUGAUAGCGAGGGUUCUGAUAAUGACUAA